UACAAUGUAAGCUGCAUUGACAGUGCGUGACGUGAGCUGUUUUUUCUGAAGCUGAUGAUAGAGAGAAGCUCUUUCAUUGUGCUUGCAUAGGCAAGUAUAUUCAUUUUGAGAGUUUGCAACGCUUCCGAUGUCAACGAGGUAGUUCAAUUUUUAACGCAACUCUCACAAAGCUUUUCCCGAGAUUCGUACCAACUCGUCGCCCGAGGAUGACACAUUCGUGGACCAACAGAUGCCUUCGCUGUCUGAACUCCGUUCUAGAAUUUUGCGAUAGUACUCAAACAAUUCGUAACUCCGCCACUAAACAGCAGUUUAUGCAAGCGAGCACUUGCAUGUUUUUGAACAGCGAAACUUCGAGCUCCGUUUAAGGAAUUUGCAACUUAUUUGUGAAGCGCUCUACUAGUGUAUUUGACGACGCAGUGUGCAGCCAUCAACAGAUUGAGGACGCGCUUGGAAAUAUCCCUUUUGGUAUAGUUUCAAUGUCCAGUCGUAAUUUCGACAACACUGAUAUUCACCAGUUUUGGCCGCUGCAAAAUUGUGUAAGCUGACGACUAGAAAAUUUCCUACUGACGACUAUCAGAUGCCACAGAAUAUAUAUCGAAAUGCUCAGUAAAAAUUUCUGCAAGGAGAAAAACAUCCCAUUCAAUGGAGCUAUGCUUGACUUGGAGUUGAACUUCCGAGAGCACUAUAGCAUCGUAAUCAAUAAAUUUAUUUUUCGGUUGUCAACGGAAUUUCGUGAUCCUUACUGCCUACGCUUUGUAUAGUAUAGCCUAGUGUGAAUCCUUUAAGGAACAUUUUUUAUCGCAACUAACUACUUCUAUUUCCGUUCACACAAUUUUAAUGUUUUUAAAAAGAAAAUAAGAAUAAAGAUUUUCGAAUGUUUUUUUUCGUAUAAAUGUCAGAUAUUUGAGAUAUUUUCGAAUAUCUAAUAAUUUUAAAGUUUUUUAGAACAUUCAACAUAAGCAUUUCAAUAGAAUUGAGUUUUCGAAGUGAUAGGCUUAAUGAGUUCAAAAUUCAUUUUAAAAUGCAAUCCCUACCAUUACUUUAAACUACCCAACCUGCGACAGACAACGCUGAAUCACUCUAAUCCACCGAUACCCCGACGACGCGAUCACCAUCCACUCAGUGGAAUCCGCACACGAAGGGGAUGUGCAACAAAAUGGCACAUCACUCGAUUCUGCAUGACGGUGCAAACGGCGAGGGACGAGGUAAUUGCAUUUCUACACCGGCUCCCAGCACGUGCCAGGUUUCGAUAGCAUCAGUUAAAAUGAAGAUCACAUUUUAAUAACGGAGCAAUUUAGCAAAGUGGGCGCACUUGUGACUUCGGAUGCUGCCGAAUAUCCGUACCUGCGCGCGCCGUUAUCAAAUGUGUCAUAUGAACUUGAGUUCCAGACCGGCGUCUGUUUAUUCCCAUAGAAAUUUAUGGGAAGAGUGCAGCGGUUGGUCGUUCACUAGUCCGACAACUACAACGCGGGACUUUGUUCAAUUCGUAGUUAAUUGGUUUGCGUGUCGAUUCUACCCUUUUCAAUCGUUUAGCUAUAUGCAUAUGUGGGCAACUGUGGCGGUCAGUGCAAGUCAUGUUGUUCGAGUUAUCUCCCAUGUCGUCUAAUACGUCAUCGAUGGCAGCUGAUUGCUGCGCAUAGUGGGUUUGUUGAUGGUCCUAUCAUGAUAAUGCGUUAUACAGGAUAUGGAUGUGCAUGCUUCGAACACAUGCUAUCCUGCAAAAAAGCACAUGCGCCUUCAUCGUUUGAACCCUUUUCAUGACAUUAGUUUCAUCACUAUUUGUUUCUCGUGCUAUUACUGUCAACUUUCUAACUGACAAGGGUAGAAGGAUGUUGUGUUAGUGAAACAAAGGCUAUACUGUAUUAUGAUAGGAAUCCAGUUGAUUGGGAAGCGGCGGAAUCACUACUUUAUAUGGCUUUACUUCUAUUUGAAUGAAAAACAUGUGAGGGUAAUUACCAAGUACUGCAACUUUGUUGUGUCACACUUUUUUCAAGUCCAACUUGCAUUGAAUUCUGUGUAUAGUGAGUUUUUGAAGGUGAGAUUAAAAAAACCAUACAAUGGUUUUAUCGCACUGCCGAGUUCUGACCACUGUAUCCCGCUGUACGUCCACAUUGAAACCCGCUGAUUGCCUAUCGGUGUUAGAACUCAUGAUUUAUUUCAGUAUCGAAGCUCGUAACACUCGGGCGCUUUCGCGGUUCGCUGGCCGGAACACAUUCUGCAGCCUUUGCCUAUAGAUUUCUCCUGCCUUAGCUAGAUACUACUAUUUGCUGCUACUUUGAUAAAAAAUUUAGUAAAGGUAGUCGAGCGAGCCGGGCUGCACAUUCGAUUAGGACACUCCCGAUCGAUAAGAUAGCGUUCAAUACCGAAGCGUUAUUACAACGGAUAAGGUGUAUUUUUUUUUUCUUAAACCCGUUCUCCCGUUCUGAUUGUGUUGACUCACGUUGUUUAUUCGUGAGCGAAUUUUCCCUGUUAGGGAAGGUCAGUUGAGUGAAAGUGAUGGCACAGUUUUUGAAAUGGAUAUCGUUGAAGCAACCGGAGAAGGAGCGUAUUCUUGGACUGGAAACACAAGCCGAAUACCGACAGCGUUGGAUUUCCAUUCGCGUGUUGUAUUUCACGGGAUAUCUUAUGUUUCUGGCGUUUGGAAUCGUCGCCACCGGGAUUUGGCCUUAUUUAAAAAGUCUGGAGCCAUCGGUCAGCAAGGUAUUCUUGGCGUAUGUGUUCGCUGUUCCUCCGUUGGGGCAGCUUAUAUUUAGUCCUUUUAUCGGAUGGUGGACUAACAAGCUGUCAUCAAUCCGUGUGCCGAUACUAUUGUUGUCCACUAUCUUCACUAUUGGGAAUGUGCUGUACGCAGUCCUUGGAGAGUUUGAGGACCAUCGAGAAUACAUCCUAUUACUGUCAAGAGCUUUGGUGGGAGUCGGAACAUCUGCAGUCACGAUAUGUAGGGCAUACAUCUCGGCAGCUACCAGAGUGUCGGAGAGAACCAAAACGAUUUCCUAUAUGGCGCUGGCGCAAAGUUUAGGAUUGAUGGUGGGACCAAUAUUCCAAUCCGCUUUUGCCGAGCUAGGCGAGAAUGGCUUCAGUUUUUUGGGAUGGUUCCAGGUCAAUAUGUAUACCGUUGCUGGAUGGAUUUGUGCCAUCCUGGGAUUGAUCAAUAUGGUGCUGUUGAUGCCUUCAAUUUUCGUCGAUAGUCCAAUCGCGGUGAAAGAGGCAAUGAAGAGUCAAGGCGCUGCCACCGCGAAGGAAACUUGGAAGUCGGUCCAGCUGCAGUACUUCUCGAUUACGACCAUGGUGGUGGCAUUUUCGCUGCUGAUGUUUGCGUAUGUGGGCUAUCAAACCCUUCUCUCCCCGGUCGCCCUGGAUCAGUUCGGAUGGACCAACGAGGAAUCGCUGUUCUACUUGGGUAUCCUGAUGACAGCCGGUGCCCUGAUAUCGUGUGUACUGUUCCUGCUGCUGGAUCCAUUGUGCAAACGAUUUGGCGAAACUAACGUUCUUGUGUACGGUGCAAUGUUUGCGUUGUUCCUCAGCCAACUGCUGAUGAUCCCAGUCGGAACGCAAACAAUCAGCGAAUCGGUGGACUCCGUUAAUGGUACCAUCGGUUGUCCGGUGUCUCAGGAAUGGUGUCAGUCGAUACCGCCGGUUAGCAUAGCACAGUUCACGGUUUCGUACACGCUGCUCUGUGUGUCCUUCUCUAUCGGAACAACGCUAAGUCAGGCCGUAUUCUCGAAGCUGUUGGGUCCACGACCACAAGGAACGUGGAUGGCGCUGUUGACCUGUGCGGGAAGUGCCGCCCGAAUUGUAGGCCCCGCUUCGGUUACUGUCUAUGUGAUACUUGGAACGUACUGGACGUUUGGAGCAAGUGCCGUACUUUCUGGAUUGAUCUUCCUCUGGAUGUGGGUCUAUCGGAACAGUUUAUCACCGACUCAACCUGCGCCAGUGGAGGCAGCAGAAGAACUCAAAGUACUUAAUGUUUAACAAUAGAAGGUCUCACUAAAUUUGUAGCUGUGAUCUGUACUCGUGUAAUAGUGAAUAAAUUCAUUUUACUAGGAAAAUUCA